CCUCCAUCAUGAGUCGACAACUAAACUUUAGGUCUGGUGGUGACAAGGGCAACUUCAGUGUGUUUUCUGCAGUGGUGCCAAGGGGACCCAUGGGUGGCAGGGCUUCUUGCCAGGCAACUGGUCACAGGGAUGGGGCUGGCUUCAGCAGCAGGAGCCUCUACGGUCUUGGAGGGAAUCAACAUAUUUCCUUCGAUAUGGCAGGUGGCAGUGCUAGGGCCACAGGGCAUAGCUUUGGGCAUGGCUCUGGGUAUGGAGGGACUGGAACCAGCGGCUUUGCCAGCAGCAUGUUUGGCAGUGUGGCCCUGGGGCCCACUUGUCCAUCUAUGUGUCUGCCUGGGGGCAUCCGCCAUGUUACUGUCAACAAGAGCCUCCUGGCUCCCCUCAAUGUGGAGCUAGACCCCGAGAUCCAGAAGGUGUGCACGCAGGAGUGGGAGCAGAUCAAAGCUCUGAAUGACAAGUUCGCUUCCUUCAUUGACAAGGUGCGCUUCCUAGAGCAGCAGAACCAGGUGCUGGAGACCAAGUGGGAGCUGCUGCAGCAGCUGGACCUGAACAACUGCAAGAGGAGCCUGGAGCCUGUGUAUGAGGCCCACAUCCGCAGCCUUCGAAAGCAGCUAGAGACGUUGUCUGGGGACAGGGUGAGGCUGGACUCAGAGCUGAGGAACGUGAGGGAUGUGGUGGAGGACUACAAGAAGAGGUAUGAAGUGGAGAUUGCCCGACGUACAGAAGCCGAGAACAAGUUUGUGUUACUUAAGAAGGAUACAGAUGCAGCCUACAUGGUCAAGGUGGAACUUCAAGCCAAAGUGGACUCUUUGGAGAAAGACAUCAAGUUUCUCAAGUGUCUGUAUGAUGCGGAGAUUGCCCAGCUCCAGACUCAUGUCAGUGACACCUCUGUCAUCCUCUCCAUGGACAACAACCGGGAUCUGGACCUUGACAGUAUCAUUGCUGAGGUCCGUGCCCAUUAUGAGGACAUUGCCCUAAAGAGCAAGGCUGAAGCUGAGGCACUGUACCAGACUAAGAUUCAGGAACUGCAGCUGGCAGCUGGCUGCCAUGGGGCCAACCUGAAACACACCAGGAAUGAGAUGAUGGAGCUGAACCGGCUUGUCCAGAGGGUCCGCUGUGAUCUGGCUAAUGUGAAGAAGCAGUGCUCCAACCUGGAAUCGGCCAUCAUUGAUGCUGAGCAACGAGGGGACAGUGCCCUCAAGGAUGCCCGGGCCAAGCUGGAUGAGCUGGAGGGCGCCCUGCAGCAGGCCAAGGAGGAGCUGGCUCGGAUGAUGCGCGAGUACCAGGAGCUCAUGGGCUUGAAGCUGUCACUGGACAUUGAGAUCGCCACCUACCGCAAGCUGCUGGAGGGCGAGGAGUGCAGGAUGUCUGGCGAGAACCCAUCCUCUGUGAGCAUCUCUGUCAUCAGCAGCAGCCAUAGUUCCUAUGGCUGUCACCCAAGCUCCAUGAGCUCUGACUUUGGGGCUUGCAAUGUAACUGGAAGCCCCAGCACCCCUCAAAACACCCAGACCAAGACCAGAGGAGCAAGAGCAAGAGACGUCAGGGACUCCCAGGAUAAGAGCACUGCUGUUGGUAGCCUGGCCAAGAAGACCACUUGAUAAGCCCACCGCCCUGCUCACCUCAGUGUCUGGAGAAAGAAUGUCUUUGCUGCUACCCAGAGAUGACCAUCAUACUUGAACCCUCCAUCCCCAAGUUUUAGGACUCUCUCUACUACACUUGACUAUCCACUAUCCACUUUAAGUUCUGAGUGACACAGUCAGUCUUCCCAUGUCAGUAGGUCCCAUGUGGGCUUCUGACUUUUCUUGCCUUCAGUUUGCUGAAGGCUGUGGAAGCACAAGCCACCACCAUCUUCUCAAGCUAAGGAGGCUAUGAUCAACCAGAGAGAGGGAAGAGAAAGGAGGGGCAUUGAGGCCAUAUUCUCAGUUGUCUAGAUUUUUGCUCUCAGAAUGGGUGGGUGGGAUUUUGGCAGUCUUUAUCUGUCCCAUUGACCAGGCCAUUGUAGAGUGACUGGAUUGUUCAGGAAAUAA